AUGAAAUCCUUUGACCCUACAGUCUUCAUUCAAGCAACUUUGCAGCUUGUGUACAUAAUUGCUGCAUUCAUCAAAGCUGAUCAUGUGGCUAAAAGUGGAACCACCUCUGUCUUCGCACAUCUGGAAACCUAUCAUAAUGAAACUUUGGCUAAUGGAAGAGAAAAUACAAACACAAGCCUGGCUUUGGAAACAGUUGCAACAGCCAUCCUUCUGCCUAUCAGGAAUGAAUUAUUAGCUACUGAAAGCAGUGUGGAGUCAAAUGCAACCAAAACCGCUGAAAGUACUAUCACAGAAGAGGUACUUGCCCAACCACAACAGCCAUCUGUGGAUCAGGGUAUUAACAAACUGAAAGUUGAGGAGGGGAAGUCUGUGGUUUUGCCAUGUUGGUAUCACAAUGAUGGUGCUUAUUUAGACAAAGUCUCUGUAUCGUGGUACAGGGAGCAACUCUCUGAGAAGUUACCUGUUGUAAGAGACAACACAGCUGCCUCUGGUAACUAUUCUGGUCGAGUGUUUCUAAAUGGACAUCUAUCAAAUGGAGACGCUUCCAUGACGAUUCUAAAUGCAACCAAGAGUGAUGAUGGCACUUAUUUCUGCACAAUAAUGCUUGCUAACGGGACAAUUUUAACUGGUGAUGGUACACACCUCAUAGUGAAAUCAAAAACAGAGUUUUUGGUUUUAAAGAAACCUUAGGAAGCACCAUUGGGAUUGUUGCAACAAGUAUUGUUGUCUUUGUUGGACUUAUGACACUUCUUGUGCCACGCUUGAGAAGAAAGAUGCCAUGUCAAAAAUUAGACACAGCUCAAGUUGCUCCAGCUUAGUUCAGAAAUUGACAACAUUGAUCCACCGUCUGAGUUAGUUGAUAAGAUGGAUGUUCCUACAUUCAGCUUUCCUCCUGCUCUGUUCUCCCCUUCACCCUAAAUGUGAGAUUUCCUCAGUCAUAUGAUGCUAACAAUGGCCAUUCUAAAUGAAACAUAUUCUACUUUGCAGCUGUCUUUGACUUAAGAUAUUGGAUUCACAGUAUUUGGAUCUUAGGUGAUCCGUGCUCAUUAUUGGGCUUCCAUGUUCAAUCUUUUACCC